AUGGCUAAGUCGCGUAGAACCACACGCCUACCGCCGCUGCUGAGGCCACUGCGGCCACUGCGACUGCUGCUGGUACUGGCGAUAGCGGUGUUGUGCGUGGGAGUGGUGCGGGUGAGCGGGCUAUACGAGGACCAGGUGGGGACGUACGACUGGGUGCAGCCGCGCAUAGGCGGCGUUCGCUUCGCCGCGUUCCUCACCUCCUCGCAGCGCAAGCGCGUGCUCGUGGGCACGGACAGGAACGUCAUUGCGGCCCUGAACCUCCGCACGGGAGAUGUCGCAUGGCGACGUGUGCUAGGGGACAAGGACACCCUCCAUGCGCUGGAUAUGGGCGGCAGAUACCUCGUCACGGUGUCGGGCACCGAGGCAGCAGCAGUGCGGGCGUGGGCUGUGCCUGAUGGGACCCUCGCAUGGGAAACCAUGUUGCCACUGCCUGCAGCAGCAGCAGCAGGGGAUGUGAUGGCGAAAUUUGUCACCAUUCCGGCUGCUGACGGUUCCUCAGCAGACCGAGUGGUGGUCCUGCUUGGAUCAGCAGCAGCAGCAGCAGCAGCGGCAACAGAGGUGCAUUGCGUGUCAGCUGCUACUGGGGAGGUUCUUUGGUCAGCUACACUACCCUCCCAUGCCCAUUCCAUCUCCCUCCUCCCACAAGGCUCCAUCCUCCUCACUAGCCUCUCCCCCUCCCUCGCCUUCUCCCUCACCACUCUCGAUGCCGCCUCUGGCAAAGUCACUGCCUCUGCUGCCUCUCCUACUUCCUCUUCCUCUUCUUCCGCUUCGUUUUCUGGUCAUUCUGCUGCGUAUGUCACGGCGACUGGCACUGCGGUGGCUGUGGAUUCGGCGUCUGGUAACAUCCUCACUGCUGCACUGGUUACCUCUGUUACAGCGGAUGCUACAGCCGAUGCUACAGCUGCUACAGUGCAAGUGCACAGCACCCCCCUUGCCUCUCUCCUACCCAAGGAGCACCAUCAGUCGGGAGUAUCAGCUGCUGUGGUGCCAGAGAAGGCUCCAGGAAGCUUCUUCUGGCUGGCUGUGCCAGGAGCUGUGUUUCUCCUGUCAGCACGGGCGGCAGACGGGCAGGCUGGGUCGGCAGGACAGGUGUCGCUUGUUGAUUCGUUCCCUGGGUUGAGUGCUGUUAGUGCAAGCGUUAUGGGAGGCGCAGCAGGGGCAGCAGGAGCAGGAGGAGCAGGAGGGGAGGGAGGGGAAGGGGGGAGUUUCUAUUCGGGUCUUGUGGGAUCGCAAGGCAGCGGUGACACCCUGAAGUUCCACAUGCAGGAGUGUGAGGGCCUUAUGGGAUCGCAAGGCAACGGUGAUUCCCUCCAGUUCCAUGUGCACGUGAGACAUGUUGAGCCGAAUCGAGCAGUUUCCCUCCUCUCUUUCUCUCUCCCCAUUCCCUCGUCCCUGCAGGUGCUUCCAGCUGCCUCCUCCGCUCCCUCUGCCCUCCUCUCGGACUCUGUCUCUGUGCCACCCCACCGUGCCCCCCCUGUUCACCAUCUCCUCUCUUUCUCUCUCCCCAUUCCCUCAUCCGUGCAGGUGCAUCAGCUGCUCCCCUCCUCCUCCUCCCCGCCUGCCCUCCUCUCGGACUCUGUCUCUGUGCCACUGCACCGCGCCCCCCCUGUUCGCGUCUUCCUCAACGCAUAUGCGAGGGCAGCAGGGGCAGGGGGCAGGGGACGAGGCAAGGAUGAGAAAGUGGCAGGAGAGGGGAAGGCGGGUGCGUUCGGUUUCAGGCUGCUGGUGGUGGGAGAGGAUGACUCGUUGUCUCUGCUUCAGCAGGGCGAUGUAGUGUGGGAGAGGGAGGAGGCUCUAGCAUCAGUGGUAGCAGUGACCGUAGCAGAGCUACCAGAGGAGGAGGAGCUGUCAGUGGCAGCAGUGGAGCAUGACAUGACAUCUACGACAUCAGUGGUAGCAGUGACAGUAGCAGAGCUACCAGAGGAGGAGGAGGAGCUGUCCGUGGCAGCAGUGGAGCAUGACAUGACACGAGUGGGCACGAGCUCAUGCAUACCCCAUCUGACCUUCCCCACUCUCCCUCCCUCCACUCCUUCCACUUCCUUUCAAUUGUUUCCCCGUUUUCUUCAGGGCGAGGUGGUGUGGGAGAGGGAGGAGGCUCUAGCAUCAGUGGUAGCAGUCACAGUGGCGGAACUGCCAGAGGAGGAGGAGGAGCUGUCAGUGGCAGCAGUGGAGCAUGACAUCUACGAGUGGGCUCGCACGCACCUCCUCAGAGCCAAGUCAAGCGAGGUGGUGUGGGAGAGGGAGGAAGCUCUAGCCUCAGUGGUAGCGGUAACAAUAGCAGAGCUGCCAGAGGAGGAGGAGGAGCUGUCAGUGGCAACAGUGGAGCAUGACAUCUACGAGUGGGUGCGCACGCACCUGCUCAGAGCCAAGGGUGAGGUGGUGUGGGAGAGGGAGGAGGCUCUUGCUUCAGUAGUAGCAGUGGCAGUGGCAGAAUUGCCAGAGGAGGAGGAGGAGCUGUCAGUGGCAGCAGUGGAGCAUGACAUCUACGAGUGGGCGCGCACGCACCUGCUCAGAGCCAAGGUCUCUCUCAAUCUUGGCUCGGCUGAGGAACAGGCCCUUGUGCAUCGCCUGCGCACCGCCUCCCCUGAAAAGAUCAAGCCUUUCCGGGAUAGGAACGGGUUUCGGCGCAUUCUCCUGCUGCUGACUGCGCCAGGUGGGGGCAACGGAGGGGCAGGUGGGGGCAACGGAGGGGCAGGUGGGGGCAACGGAGGGGCAGGUGGGGGCAGCGGAGGGUCAGGUGGAAACAGUGGAAGGGGGAUGGGGAAGCUGUUUGCGUUGCAUUCAGGGGAUGGUCGGGUGCUGUGGGCUGCUGCGCUGCCAUCAGGUGGUUCUUCAGGUGGAAGGGGCGCGUCUGUGUUUUCACCUGAAGCGUUGGUGCUGUGGAGGGACCCCCACCGCACAUCACCUGACCAAACACCUGAAGCUCUGGUGCUGCAGAUCAGGCAGCAGAAGCAGCAGGCGGAGGAUGAAAAGGUUGCACACGCAGCAUUAGUGACUAUAGUGAAUGGGCACACGGGGGAUGUGCUUGAAUCUAAGGGCCUGCCUUUUGUGCCCCGUCUCGUUUCCCCGUUGCCCUUGGUGGGGAAAGACGAGCGGCGGCUGGUGAUGCUGGUUGAAAAGGUGCAGUUGAAUGAAGCGGAAGAGCAAGAAGCGGAAGGAGUGGGGAAGGAGGGGAAGGAGGAGACAGAUGGGAACGAGAAGGGAGGUGCAGCAGCAGGGGGAGCGGGGGGGAAGGCACGGAGAUAUGGGCCUGUGCGGGUGCAUGUGUUCCCAGGGACGGAGGAGGCAAGGGGUCUGUUUGAGGGGCACAAGAAGGAGGUGUUCUUUUAUCUGGUGGACACUGUAACGGGGGCUGUGGAGGGGUAUAGCAUUGGAGAGGAGGUGAAGGAGGAGGGUGGCAGUAGUGGGAGUGAAGGGAGGAGCGAUGGAGGGAGAUUGGGAGGGGGUGUGGUGUAUGGAGCAGUGUUGGUGUGGCGGGUGGUUCUUCCAGCUGAUUCAGAGAUCAUUUCAGCCAUUGCUGCACCUAAGAGAGAGGAGCCAUUGCUGCUCCUAAGAGAGAGGAGGUGUGUGGGUGUGUGGCGGGUGGUGCUGCCUGCUGACUCGGAGGUCAUUUCGGCCAUUGCUGCACCUAAGAGAGAGGAGGUGAAUGUUUGUGUGCAGACAGAGGGGAAAGGGAUAGGGGGGUUGUGUGCGAGUGGAGUGUGUGUGCAGGGGGCCAUGGGUGUCCAUGCCUGUGGAUUGUCCUUGCCAUCUCUGCGCCCAAUCAAUUCCAUUUCCCAUCCCCCCCAAUCCCCAUCCAACCCCUCUCAGUCCCAGCACACACAAUCCCAGCACACGCAAGUGCGGGCCCUGGGCGACCGCAGCGUGCAGUUCAAGCUGCUUUCCAAGACCCUGCUCAUUAUGCCUUUGACCUUGCGGGCCCUGGGCGAUCGCAGCGUGCAGUUCAAGCUGCUUUCCAAGAACCUGCUCUUCCUCGCCACAGUCACCCCUCCUGCAGCCGCUGCUGCCUCUGCUUCUGCUUCUGCUGGCGCAGCAGGGGCGGGAGGGGAGGAGGGGGGAGCGGUGGUGGUGUAUCUGGUUGACACGGUGGGAGGACAGGUGGUGGAGCGGGUGGUUCAUUCGGGCAUGCAGGGACCCGUGCACGCGGUGAGUGUAAGGGAGAGGUUUGGGGCUUGCCUGAACAUGGGAGGAGCUGGGGUUGCCACGGGUGCAGGGGGAGUGGUGGUGGGAGGGGAGGAGGGGGGAGCAGUGAUGGUGUAUCUGGUUGAUACGGUGGGAGGGCAGGUGGUGGAGCGGGUGGUAAAACGAGGGCAUGCAGGGACCCGUGCACGCGGCGCAGCAGGGGCGGGAGGGGAGGAGGGGGGAUUGGCAGUGGUGUAUCUGGUUGACACGGUGGGAGGGCAGGUGGUGGAGCGGGUGGUUCAUGCGGGUAUGCAAGGGCCAGUGCACGCGGUAAUGGCAGAGAACUGGGUGGUCUACCAUUACUUCAACCCUGCUGCCUCUUGUUUUGCUUCCUUAGUAAACCCAUACUUUCUCGUCUCCGUUCUGCUCUCUAUCUUGGCUCCUUGCUUUCCUGGGCAGGUCAUGGCAGAGAACUGGGUGGUAUACCAUUACUUCAACCCUGCGGCCUCUCGCCACGAGGUCUCCACUAUAGAGCUCCUCGAUACUUCUCUGAAGGACGUCCCCGUCAUAGACUACCUCAAAUACGGCCUCAGCAUCCCAGGAUCGUCCAACCUCACCGCCCCGCUUUCUGCAGCGGAAAUUCCCUGGGAGAGGGUGAAGCGGCUGAGGCAGAGUUACUACUUCCCCUAUGCAUUGAGGUGUAUUUCGGUGACUUCCACCCUUGCGGGGAUCACGAACAAGCAUGUGCUUUUCGGCACAGCUCUCGAUCAGGUCCUGGCUCUCGACCGUCGGUUCCUGGACCCCCGCAGGGUGCCUGAGCCGUCACAGCAGGACAAGGAGGCGGGCAUUAUGCCGUAUAGUGACUCGCUGCCUGCUCCGGGACAGGCCUACCUCACCCAUCGUUACCGCAUUGAGGGUCUGAAGCACAUUCUCUCCUUCCCCACGCGUCUGGAGUCCACCACCCUCGUGCUUGCACACGGGCUGGACCUCUUCUUUGUUCGCACCGCCCCCUCCCGAGUCUUUGACUCGCUGGGGGAAGACUUCAGCUUCGCGCUGCUGCUGGGGACGAUUGCUGUGCUGUCGAUCGCGAUUGUGGUGACCUGGGGGCUGUCUAGGAAGCAGGAGCUUAAGCAGCGGUGGAAGUGA